AGUUCGUCACAUGGCCCAUAAUAAGUAGCUUUCGUCCAUGGAGAUGGAGUCAGUCAGACCAAGCAAUUCUCUUUGCUCUCUCUCUCUCUCUGUCUCUGCUCGCUUGACCCUCUCUGCGUUGAACCCUCGAAGACCCUAAUCUGUGGUGGUUAUUUUCUAUUUGGCGGGAAAAAAAUGUCAGGCAAAGGAGCGAAAGGUUUGAUAAUGGGGAAAUCCUCAUCCGCCAUAAACGGAGCAAACAAGGACAAGGACAAGAAAAAGCCCACCUCUCGCUCCUCUCGCGCUGGUCUUCAGUUCCCAGUGGGUCGGGUACACCGUCUCCUGAAGACAAGGGUUUCUGCUAAUGGAAGGGUUGGAGCAACAGCUGCUGUUUAUACAGCAGCCAUAUUGGAGUAUCUGACUGCUGAAGUACUGGAGUUGGCAGGCAAUGCAAGCAAAGAUCUGAAGGUAAAGCGCAUAACACCAAGGCAUUUGCAGCUUGCCAUUCGGGGAGACGAAGAGCUUGACACCCUCAUCAAAGGAACCAUAGCUGGUGGUGGAGUUAUCCCACACAUCCACAAGUCACUCAUCAAUAAGUCUUCCAAGGAGUAGUUCAUAAUCUGUUUAUGCUGGUUUUUAAUUCGUAGUCUUGAACCCAAGAAGAAUGCAUGAAAAUCACUGGCAGAGUACCAUGCGAGGUGCCCCCCCCCCUGCGGGUAUUGUGGCAUUAGGAUGGAACUUGUAUUCUUUCUCAGACAGUAUUUUUAAUCAUGAAGGGUCAUAAUGUGCAAUAUGGGUUUUUGGAUGUUUAGUAUCUAGUUAUGCCAUAUGUAAUCUAAGCUCCAAAGUCUCCAUCACUCCCCGGAAAGCUGGGACUUUCUGGUGUGCUCUGUAUGGAUCGACUUGUAAACCCCCUCAUUGGAUUUCCUUCCAUGCGCAUCAUCAGUUUGUC